AACCAAUUAGCCCAUCCAACCCCAAGACGAAUUGCCCGCAAUAUUAUAAUCCCUCGAAGGGGGGGGAUCAAGACGUGGCAAUGGUCAAACCAUUAACAUUCAAGGGCGACAAGAAGCCCAAGAAGAGAAAGCGCCCCGCGGCCGAGGACAACAACGACGAUGCGCGAUCUUCCAAGCAAGCAGCAACCGGAUCGGCGGCGGCCGCUCCAGAGGCCGUCGAUGAGGAAGCCAUGGCAAACGACGACAGCUGGGUGUCGGCCGAGGCGGUAAACGACGUCUCGGGUCCCGUCAUGUUUGUGCUGCCCACGGAGCCGCCGUCGGCGCUGGCCUGCGACGCCGCCGGCAAGGUCUUUACCCUGCCCAUCGAGAACAUUGUCGACGGGAACCCGGCCAGCGCAGAGCCCCACGACGUUCGGCAGGUCUUUGUCGCAAACAAGAUUGUCGGUACCGAGAAUUAUAGGUUCAAGGGACAUCACGGAAAGUAUCUCGGGUGUGACAAGAUGGGCAUACUAUCGGCAACCUCAGAUGCCGUCUCCCCGCUAGAAUGCUUCGUCCUCAUCGCGACGCCAGACACCCCCGGCACGUUCCAGGUGCAGACGCUGCGCGAGACCUUCAUCGCCGUUAAGGAGCCCAAGGCCCGCGCCGCCGCCUCCUCGACGUCCUCUUCCAAAUCGGCCAAGGCCGCCGCACCCGAGGUCCGCGGUGACGCUUCGGAAAUAUCCUUCGAGACCACGCUGCGCAUCCGCAUGCAGGCGCGCUUCAAGCCGCGCAUCAAGGUGUCCAAGGAGGAGAAGGCAAGGGAGAGGAUCAGCCGUCGGGAGCUCGAGGAGGCCGUGGGCCGGCGGCUCGAGGAUGACGAGGUCAGGCUCCUGAAGAGGGCGAGGAGGGAGGGCGAUUAUCAUGAGAAGCUGCUCAACCUCAAGAUCAAGAGUAAGCACGACAAGUACGGCUGAGAUGGAGGAGAGCGUCAGGUUUUGGGAGUUUUGCUGUUUUGUGGUCGGGAAAGGCGUCGUGACAGUGCGACUUGUUAUUAGCAUGUCCUCGGGUUUAUUUUGUCUACUACCAGCGCUGCUAUCAUGAGCCCGGUCUCCAAGCCUUGAUCCGGCCAUCCUCGCCUGCGGUGAAGACGACACGCUCUGCAUCGAAAACACGGAAUGCUCGCACGACUUCGGAACCAUGAGCUCCGGGCAGCCCGACGGAGGAAUUGGUGUCAAAAUUCCAGGUUGCCCCUUUGGAGAAGUGCAGCAACUCAAAUUUCUCUUGUCUGUUUUUGUGUUUAGUUUGUCGCCUGAUCAGCUUGCGGUUC